AUGGCAAGUAUUGUGUUUUCGUAUACUGUGAAAUCUAACGGCACCUCCCAAGUGAAAGAAGUUUGCGUGUUUGAGAACAACACCGAUCAAAACAGUGUUUUUCAUCUGGACAAUAUACCCCAAAGCGCACUACCAAGAAAUUCAUCUCAAACAGACAAGACUUCUUUAGAACAGCACCCAGAAAGUGAAGAUGUAUCCCAUACAGGGUCCUCGUUUGAAGCAGUGCUUGCCAACCUAACUGGGUGUGUCCCACAAACACUUUCUCCAUUCUGUCCCAACAAUUGCUUGGCCGGGAAAUACAGACACAUUACUGGUGCUUGCAACAACAGAAACAAUCCGGCCUGGGGCGCUGCAAAUACUCUUCUGGCUCGUUGGCUUCCUGCACAAUAUGAAGAUGGAAUUGGUGAACCGAAGGGAUGGAGAGAAGAGUUUUUAUACAAUGGGUUUCGUCUCCCUCAGGUUCGUGAGGUGACUAAUAAGAUAAUUCAUGCAUCGAGCAAGGCUUUCCGGGAAGAUGACUUAUAUUCCCACAUCAUAAUCGAGUGGGGGCAAUACAUUGACCAUGACAUUGCUUUUACACCACAGAGUGUAAGUAAGACACCGGCAAUAGGAAGUGUGGAUUGCAAGUCUACCUGUGAGAAUCUCUACCCAUGUUAUCCUAUAAAGCUUUCUGAGGAGGACCCUCUAUCACAAGGUGGUUGUAUUCCAUUUUAUCGAUCAUCUUCUGCCUGUGGCACAGGGCGUGGGGGUUUAAAGUUUGGAAACCCCUCAUUAUUAAACCCAAGAGAGCAAAUAAAUGGAUUAACAUCAUUUAUUGAUGCAUCAACUGUUUAUGGAAGCUCAGAAUCAUUACAACACAAGCUGAAAAACCUUUCUAGUGAGGAAGGCCUCUUGAGAGUAAAUGUAAAAUAUUCUGAUUCCAGUCGAGAGUAUCUGCCUUUUGAGACACCAUCAGCAUGUAUGCAGGACCCUACAGCAGAUAAUGCUGAGAGAAUAGACUGUUUCUUUGCAGGUGAAGGCAGGGCCAAUGAAGUUAUAACCCUGGCAGCAGUUCACACAUUAUGGUUAAGAGAGCACAACCGCAUAGCCAAAGCCUUGAAAAAACUAAAUCCUCACUGGAAUUCAGAAACCACUUAUCAGGAGGCUCGGAAAAUUGUUGGUGCCCUUCAUCAGAUAAUUACUUUUCGAGAUUACAUGCCAAAAAUUCUGGGUAAAGCCGCAUAUGAUCAGUAUAUUGGUCUGUACAAAGGAUACAAUCAAAAAACAAAUCCCUCUAUAUCAAAUAUAUUUACAACGGCGGCAUUUCGUUUUGGGCAUGCAACUAUUCCACCGAUGGUGCACAGACUCAAUUCUCAGUAUGUAGAUGAUCCAAAAUAUCCCAGUUUGCCCCUGAAUGAAGUUUUCUUUCGCCCAUGGAGGAUUGUAAAAGAAGGAGGCUUGGAUCCAUUGAUUAGAGGACUUCUUGGAAAAUCAGCAAAACUGCAAACACAAGUAGACAUGAUCAAUGAGGAAUUAACAGAAAAACUGCUUGUAAUGACCAAUAAUGGUUCGAUGGACUUAGCUUCCUUGAAUCUACAAAGAGGUCGAGAUCAUGGCCUACCAGGCUACAAUGACUGGAGGGAAUUUUGUGGUUUAUCAAGACUGGCGACUCCAGCAGAUCUAAUAAAUGCAGUAUCUGAUCAGAAAUUAGUAGCCAAAAUGAUUGCUUUGUAUAGUCAUCCCGACAACAUUGACGUGUGGCUCGGGGGUCUAGCAGAGGACUUCCUUCCAGGAGCUAGAACUGGACCUCUUUUUGCAUGUUUGAUUGGAAAGCAAAUGCAGGCACUGCGGGAAGGAGACAGGUUUUGGUAUGAAAACAACAACAUUUUUACGAAAAUUCAGAGAUCUGAACUAGAAAAACAUUCUCUUUCGCGUGUAAUUUGUGAUAAUACAGGUUUAUCCCAUGUUCCCCUCGAUGCCUUUCUACUGGGAAAUUAUCCAGACAACUUUGUGUCAUGUGACAGUAUCCCUGGCAUAAACCUGGAAGCCUGGAAAGAAUCUCCUGAAAAAGGCACAACCUGUGGAUCCCCAAGAAAAAUAGAAAAUGGAGAUUUUGCAUUUUGUUCAGAGGCUACUGUAAUUUAUUCUUGCCACAGCGGGUAUCGCUUAGAAGGCCAUGAAGAAAUAACCUGUCAAGGAAAUGAAUGGAGUAACCAACCACCCAUUUGUUCAGAUAUCAAUGAAUGUGAAGAUCAGCCUAAUGGCCCAUGCCAUUCUUCUGCUAAAUGCAAGAACACAUUGGGCGGCUUUCAUUGCUUAUGCACAGAUCCAUAUGAACUUGACAAGGAUAAAAGGACAUGCGUGGAUUCAGGAAGACUCCCUAGAGGAUCUUUAGUGUCCAUCAUUUUAGUUGCUGUCUUGUUUGUGUCCUGGGCCGGAAUGUGCUGGAUUCUAAUUUGCAGAGGAGCAUCCAUAUUUUGGUCAUUGACUAAAGCUCACAAUGUGGAAGGUGGGAAGAAGCCAUCGGUAGUGAUGAUUUACUCCAGGUGUGAAAGUAAAACCAUGCCAUUACCAUUGAUUCCAUCUGAACAAGUGGCCAAGGAUGUAAGCAAUGGACACCAAAUUCUACUUCAUGUAUAAAACAAGAGGCGAAAAUCGGUUGCCGAAGUCUCUCUCCUCUCUCUCGUUUUUGUGUUUUACUAUUUGAAUGAAAACAACAUCUCUCUCUGAUGAGAAUUGAUUACAUCCAUGAAUCUGCUGUUGUGUGCAUGGUUACGUCCUAGGCUUUAAUACAAUCCUCAUCAAGAGUUCUAAUCAUAUAAAUAUAAUACAUUUUUUUCAUGAAAUGAUGUUAAUUUGUAUUAUUGAUUUUUAGAAAAAUGAGCUCUGUUCUUCCACAUGCCUGGCUAAUUCUAAAUCCAUUCUAUUGAACUUGUAUCUCUCUGUUAUACCAGCCCAGCACUUUUCUUUUGUAGUAAAUAACUAUUAUUUUAAGUA